AUGGGUGCCGCCUUAUCGUCGAUGCUGGCGGCUCCCGAGUCGCUUUUGACCUUCGCAGUCGUCGCAGCCGUCGCGUGGGUUGUCGUCAAAAUUCUCCUGCAGCCUAAAUUCCCCCGGGGGGAGGGGUCAGCAGGCAACAGAGUGCAGUGCUACGACCCUGCCACGCUGCAGUACCUGGGCUUCUCGCCUGCUCUGAAAGCAUCAGAUGUGAAUGAGCAUGUGGCAAGGGCACGGCAGGCGCAGCAGCAGUGGGCGCACAGCAGCUUCGAGCAGAGGAGGCAGUUCCUGAGGGUGCUGAUGCGAUACGUGGUGGAAAACCAGGACCUCAUAUGCAGAGUAUCGGCCCGAGAGUCGGGCAAGGUGCUGGUGGAUGCUGGGUUUGGUGAGAUUCUGACGACGUGUGAGAAGAUAGCGUGGCUGCUAAAUGAAGGGGAGAGGUGGCUCAAACCUGAAUACAGGUCCGUGGGUCGAACCAUGCUGCACAAAGUCGCUAGGGUGGAGUUUGAUCCAGCAGGGGUGAUCGGAGCCAUAGUGCCGUGGAACUACCCCUUUCACAACGUGCUUAACCCCGUGCUGUCCGCCGUAUUCGCUGGCAAUGCUGCCGUUAUCAAGGUAUCAGAGCAUGCGAGCUGGGGCGCACACUACUACCUGGAUAUCAUUCGCUCGGCGCUCAAGGCUGUUGGGGGCCCGCCUGAGCUGGUUCAUGUGAUCACUGGGUUUGGGCCCACAGGGUCAGCUCUGGUGCAGUCCAGUGUGGAUCGGUUGAUCUUUGUUGGGUCAACUGCUGUAGGCAGGAAGGUUCUAGAGGCCUCUGCAGUGAACCUCACGCCAACGGUGCUGGAGCUGGGAGGCAAGGACGCGUUCAUCGUGUGUGACGAUGCGGACUUGAAGCAGGUCGUCCCCAUCGCUCUGAGGGCUGUCUUUCAGUGCAGCGGGCAGAACUGCAUUGGGGCGGAGCGGUUCUUUGUGCAGGCCGGCAUCUACGACCAGUUUGUGGGGGAGGUGGUAUCUGUGGCGCAGCAGAUGCGACUGGGUUACCCUUUGGCGGAUGAACUGGAGGGAGAUGAGCAAGAUGGGAUGAAUGGAGGAAGGGAAAAGGCAACUGCUCCUGCUUCCCAGCAGGAAGGUGUGGGAGAUGGAGAAUUGGGAAAAGUAGCAAGAGGAGGCCAGUUCUACCCCCCCACCGUACUCGUUAAUGUGCGCCCCACUAUGCGCAUACUGCACGAGGAAGUGUUCGGCCCUAUAAUGUGCAUCGUAAAAUUUGAAAAUGACCUAGAGGUGGUGGCAGCUGCAAAUGACUGCCCGUUUGGGCUCGGGUGUUCGGUGUUCUCGGGGGAUAGGAGGCGGGCUGCUGCGAUUGGGGCGGCAGUGCAGUGUGGGAUGGUGGCGAUUAAUGACUUUGGAUGCACCUACAUGUGCCAGUCACUGCCAUUUGGCGGAGUGAAGGAGAGUGGUUUCGGCCGGUUUGCAGGGGUGGAAGGGCUGAGAGGGUGCUGUAACGAGAAGGCUAUUGUGGAGGACAGGUUUUACUCACUCAUCAAGACCAACAUCCCUCCGCCUCUCCAGAUUCUACUCUCAUCAAGACCAACAUUCCUCUACCUCUCCAGUGCCAUUCCAGCAAGCGCUGGUGCGCAUGUUCUUUGCCCACACCCUGCUGGCGCAGCUCUCAUCUUAAUCAGCCCUUUGCCUUGUCCCUCUCCCUGCUCAAACCUCCCACCCCCCCCUACCCCUGCACAGUACCCCCUUGCACCCAACGCAGUACCAUUCCAGCAGGCUCUGGUGCGCAUGUUCUUCGCCCACACCCUGCUGGCGCAGCUCUCUGGACUCUUCCACCUGCUGCUGGAGCUCAUGCGCUCACCCAAGAGGACAAACACACAGCAACGCCCAAGCUCGGCUGCCCAUGUUGCUGGUGCUGGUGCUAUGACUUCUGCUGCACGGCGCAAUUCAGGUGUAGCUGCGUCAGGUGGUGAGAGGCCACAUAAUGAGUAG